GUGUGUGUGUGUGUGUGUGUGUGUGUGUGUGUGCUGGCGUAUCAAGGAGCUGGGAUCCUCUCUGGGUGAGUCCAGUCGCCACAGAUAGGUAAAGUGAGAACUUCACCAGUCCAGUCUCCCUUAAAGUUAGAGCUCGAUCUGUCGGUCACCAUGGGGGUAAAGGGCUUAUCUUCACUCCUGGAGGACAACAGAAGGAUCUCCCCGGACAUCCACUUCAGGGACAGCAAGCUGGUGGUGGAUGGAAACAACCUGCUCUACCUGCUCUACUUCUUGUCCAACCUGGACCAGAACCACGGCGGGGAGUACCUGGCCUUCCAGGCAGAGGUCCAGGCUUUCUUCAAGACUCUGGCCGACUGUGGAAUCAAACCGUACGUGGUGAUGGACGGAGGCUCGGGGACCAGUGACAUCAAACUGGACACCCUCAUGGACCGGGCCAGAGAGAAGGUCCAGAAGACCCAUGAUGCCGCUUUGACGGGCAAGAAGGUAAACAUCCUCCCCCUCCUCACCAAGCACGUGUUCAGACAGACGCUGAACGAUCUGAAGGUGCCGAUGGUCCAGUGCUUCGGAGAGGCGGACGGCCGGCUGGCUGCCCUGGCCAGAGAGUGGUGCUGCCCGGUUCUGUCCACAGACAGCGACUUCUACAUCUUUGAUCUUCCUGGGGGGCUUCUGCACCUGGAUCACUUCAGGUGGCGCACAGCGGAGACACAUCGUGGCAUCCCCUGCAGGCAAUACACCACGUCCAACUUCUGCAGCUUAUUCCACAUCGACCCCCAGCUGCUGCCCGUCUUCGCCUCGCUGGCUGGGAACGACUACGUGAACCUCAGAGAUGUUAAUUGGGCCAGAUACCUUCCAGCGGGAAGUCCUAAAAUGAAAUUCAGUGCUGCUAACCUGGUGGGCCUCCUGAGUUGGCUGGGAGCCAGGACAGACCGGACGACAGAAGACACCCUGACAGCAGUGAUGAAACUCAUGCCCUUCAUGAGUCAACAGGAGCGGACGGAGGCGCGGAAGAUGCUGAAGACGGCCAUGCUGGAGUACGAGCUCCCCAGCUCCUCUCUGCGGGGGUUCUUCAGUGAGGAAACCAUUCCGCCGCUGCCCGCUGAGAUGUUGAUCUGCGUCCCCGACUGGGUCCGCGCGCCCCUGGCCAGAGGAGAGCUGAGCGGUUACGUGUUGGACCUGCUUGUGCACAGGCGGAACAAACUACAAACCCAGGUGGAACGCAGCGACCUACAGAGCUCCAACCUCACCUCGAAGCACAUCCGGCAGGUGUGGUCCGGGCUGCUGCUGGGCCAGGGGGGGGGUGAGGUGGAGGAGGUGGACCGGGACGGUCUGGAGCUCGUCAGUGUCAAGGUGCGACCGCUGGUCCAAGGAGCCACUCAGACGCUGAGGCUGGACUCUCUGCCGCAGGCAGACCGCGCUGUGAGGCUGCGGGUGUGUCUGGAGACGCUGGGCGUGGAGGAAGAGACGCUGGAGGGAGUUCCGGCUCACCUGCGCCUCCCAGUGGCUGUGACCCGCUACUGGCUGAGGAGGGCCAGCCCUGAGCCGACGCUCCUCAAAGCUCUGCUGAUGGUCAUGGUCCAAGGAGAACUGAUGAGACAAAAAGGAGGGACAACAGGCUGGCUGGGGGUUACCAGCCACAUCUCUCAGCCUCUGGAUGGUGUCGUGGCUCACAGCUUCAACCAAUGGCAGGCCUGCCUGAAGGACGCCUCCCAGCUCAACCUGCUGCUCUGCAAGCCCCUCCCUGAACCCCACUACGCCUGGUUGUACCAGGGCAGGCUGGUACACCGGCGGCAGAAGCAGCUCCAGGAGAGGGAGCCAGAGGACAUCGUACAGGGCGACCAGUUCAGGAGACUGUACAGGAGGCUCCUGGGAGCAGUGACCCAGCCAGACCCCGGGGCCAACAGGAGAGCUGGGGGGCCUGAGGCCCAGCUGAGGGCCAGCAUGGAGCACCUUCACCUCAACAACCAGGAUGAUCAGGAGGAGGAGGAGGAGCUGGGCGGGGCUGAAGGCCUGGAUCAGGGCUCUGAUGGGCCUUGGGUGGAGGUUAAAAGCAGGAGGAGGAAGCAGUAGAGGGAGGGGUGGGGU